GUGGAGCUGUGGCUUUUAUUUCUUCCAGAUCCGAUUCGAAGAGCGUCGAGAGCGAGUGUGAUCCGGAGAGGCUGCAGGAGAGAAGGGGCAGGCGAGCGGCGAGCGCUUGUUAGACCAGCAGCACCGGCGUCUUCGCUGCUGGCGAAGCCAGUGUGAGCAACGAGAGAGAGGGGGAAUGGAGCCUCAGCAAAGCAUGAUUCCAGUAUUUUCACUAUCACUGAUGUUGGGCUAACAGAUUUCAAGCAUUGGCAUGUUUUUGAUUUCGUUGUACACCAUGGAAUCCCCUCUUCCCAACCUCCCACAGCAGGUCCAAUAAGAUGAGCAAACGGGAAAGUGUGUGGCAGGAAGUUUGAUCCCAGCAGUCAGAUUGUGGACCCUCUGACAUUCCAUUGCAGCCAGCUGUUAAGGCAACACUUCAAUGAGUUCCCGCAGUCAAAGUUUCUUUCACCGCACCCCGCCUGGUCCCUCUUCCAAACCCCGGCUGGUGACCGGUGGGGUGCUGGGUGGGAUUGCACAGAUAACCCCAUUCCUCUACCUUAGCAGUGGGAAUGCAGCUGCCAACCGCAACCUGGUCCUGUCUAAGGGCAUCACCUGCAUCAUUAAUGCCACCAUGGAGAUCCCCAACGCCAACUGGCCUGAGGUGGAGUAUGUCAAAGUGCCUGUGGCCGACCUGCCGCACGCCCCGCUCUCCCUGUACUUCGACAGCAUUGCCGACAAGAUCCACAGCAUCAGCAAGAAGCACGGCUCGGCCCUGGUGCACUGCGUGGCCGGGGUGAGCAGAUCGGCCUCCCUCUGCAUCGCCUACCUGAUGAAGUUCCACAAGAUCUCCCUGCUGGAGGCUCAUAACUGGGUCAAAUCUCGCCGCCCCAUCAUUCGCCCCAAUGUGGGCUUCUGGAGGCAACUUAUAGAAUACGAGCGGAAACUCUUUGGCAAGAACAGUGUUAAAAUGGUGCAGUCUCCCAUUGGGGUCAUUGCAGACAUUUAUGAAAAGGAAACCAGGAACCUCACCCCUUUUUGGGGCAUUUAACACAAUUUGAGGGACUAAUCUUCUACAACACUGUAUAAUAAAAUUAAUGUCUCCCAUAGGAUUGUAAAUCUGAUGGAAAUACUAACCUGUAGUUACUGCUGAAUCUGUCGUAAAUGGAUUGAGCAUCCAAUGUUCUAUUUCCCCACGAGGCCCUCAGAUACUCCAGUGAUCUGAAAUACUGUAAAUCUAUUGAGACUAGAUGGGCCUUGUACAGCUUGAUAGUGGAAAUUAUUUUUAAACAUUUCUAAAAUUAAUCCUAAUUAUUUUAUCUUUAAUGGUUUUUAAUUGGUGUCCUUUUUAAUGGACAUGCAGGGAGAUAUUAAACUUUGUGAUACUGGCUUGAAGUGGGCAUUUAGACAGUAGGCUUUAGAAUGGAGAGUUUAGCUUGAUUAGUGGAUGUAUGAACUUCAGCCUCCCAUUUCUCUCCCACCUGCAAGUUGCUGCUAUGAACUUGGGAAGAUCAUAGCUCCAAGUUCAUCUUUGAACAAGACAAAACUGUAAAUGUAAUGAUCUGAUUUGCACUGCUACGUCAUUGUUACGUCCUGUGUGCUACCUUCCUUUUUAUGAGGACCUUGCUGAAACAUGAGGUGUGUUUUAACCAAGCAGAGAUGAGCUUGCCUGUUGAAUAGUGUGAUGCAAGAUCUCGGUACAGUCAGUGAAAUGUUAAACAGCGCUGCUAUUUUUUUUAGAUUAAGGUACAAAUUUAAAGAGAAAAACUUGCUGGAGUGAAUUGGUCAACAGGGAUUUUGCAAAAGAUUGAUUUUAAACACUUUGUCCCAAUUAAGACUAUAUUUGCAUUUGGCUUCCCAGUGAGUGCUUUGGUAUUUCUCAGUAGUGUAUGUUUAUCUAAUGGGGUUUAUGGAUUUAAGGUCUGCUCUCUGCUCUGUGGUGGGAUUCACACCUCCCCAAUGGUGCACUUUUUGUUCUGACCUGCAAGGGACUUGAACUGUUUCCUGGGCAGUGUAAGUCGCUCAAACCGAUCUGGGACUUGUCCUUUUGGAGCGCAUGGUCUAAAUGAUGCGUCAGGUGGCCCCAUGCUUGAGUAUUUGUAAAGCUGAGCAAAGAUUGUCCAAGCAGUGUGAGAAUAUUAUAGACAGAAUCAAAUUUCUCUGGAACUGCUUGUAAAUGGUUUUCUUUAAUGAGAAUUGCAAUGUAUGAAGAGCUUUAUCAACAAAAAAGAAAUAAAAGGUGUUUUUUUUUUA